AUGACCAUCACGGUUUCAGUCGAUGGAAAACUGAUUUCGCUGGAAGACUCACGCGCAUUUCUUAUUCAAGAUUAUAUUUCCUCAGACGCAUUACUCGUGUCGUUAGCCUCGUCGCCGAAUGCAAAUUACUACUUCGAGAUCAGCACAUCAUCCUUACAUUAUGCUGUCCCGCUUAUUUCUUCAGAGAUGAAUGAAGAAAAUGGUUCAACUGAUGGCAAACCGUUCAUUCGGCAAACAGUCGCAUUUCGGCCGUCAACUGAAGCUUACAGUGAAGCAUCUUUGUUUGGAAGUGUCGACUAUCCGAUCAAUAUGCCUGACGAUUUCGAGGUGUUGCGAGUUGAUGAAGUUGGCAUUGAUGGUUCAUCACGUCAACGCUUGAUUGAUCUCGAUAAUGUAUGGACUUCAUCAACAAAUGGAAAGCGUAUUCGUGAAUGUUGA